AUGGUCUCACUGUCGUCACAUCCUUCUAUCAAACAUGGUGGUCGAUUUGGUGCGAGCCGUAAUAGCUGUUGGGGUUGGGUAGUUCAGACGUUUGUGGCAAUUGCGUUGAAAAUAGGGGAUGACGGUUCUCUUCAAAUCUACCUACCUAUCUAUCUAUCUAUCUAUCUAUCUAUCAUAGUAUGUUCAUUAUCUAUCUAUCUCAAUCUGUUCAUAUCUAUCCAUCUGUCUCUUCAUAUCAAUGUAUCUAUCUCUCGAUCUCAUCUCUUGAUAUCUAUCUGUUGCUUCAUAUCUAUCCAUUUCAGUCUUUUCAUAUCUAUCUAUCUUCAAAUAAUUAUAAUUCUUUGUUCAUCCUCAGGAACAAAACCUUGGUGUUGUUCGUCAGAAGAUGAGAUAAUAGAUUCAAAGUGGCGCCAUAUUGGUAUUUCUGUAAUAAUACCUCUCUCUCUCUCUCUCUCUCUCUCUCUCUCUCUCUCUCUCUCUCUCUUUAUCUAUCUAUAUAACAUCCACUCCCUAUCUCUGCUUUUUCUUUUCCUUUUCCCUCUCUCUCUCUCUCUCUGUCUCUUUUUCUAUAGACGAUCACUCUCUCUCUCUUUCUCUCUCUCUCUCUCUCUUUCUCUCUCUCUCUCUCUGUAUUUCCUUCUUUCGGUCACAAUCCGUUCCAACCUUAUCUUUCUUUUUUCUCUCUUUUCAUCUUUUGAUGUCCGUUCCUUCUCUCUCCGUUCUUCUUUACUUCUCUCUUCUUUCUCUCUCUCUCUCUCUCUCCUUCUCUCAUUCUCUUUCUCGCUUUCUCUUUCUUUUUCAUUGAGUUUUCUUUUUCUCUGUCUUUCUCAAACCCUUGUUAGACCGCUUACUUUAUUGGUUUUUUUUCCAUCUUCUCUCUCUUCUUCUUUUGAUCUCUACCUCCAUCGCCCCUUGUUCUGUCUCGUCUUUGUCCAAGCCUUCACUCUCUCUCUCUCUCUGUCUCUCUCGCUCGCUCGCUCUGUCUCUCUCUCGUCUCAGUUCAACUUUCUAUCUCGUUUGUCAUUCUCUCUCUCUCUCUCUCGCUUUCUACUCCCCCUCUCACUAUUUCCAGAUUGUUUUCUCUCUCUUUCUCUAAUUCUCUAUCUUUACCAAUGUCAUGCUUCUCCCUUUCCAAAUCUGUUUUUUUUUUCUUUUUCUAUCGCUCUUCUCCCUUUUUCUCUCUCUCUCUCGCCAUCUCUUUCUGUAGCUCUAUAUCUUUUAUUCUGUCAUCUCUCUCACUUUUUUUCUCACCAGCUCUGUAUUCAUUCACUAUCUGUUCCCCAAUGUCUUCUCUCUCUCUCUCUCUCUCUCUCUCUCUCUUCUUCCCAAUUUAACUUUCUAUCUCGCAUUCUCUUUUGCUUUUCUCCCUCCCCAGCCUGUUCUCUCUCUCGCCCUGUCGACGUUCCCUUUUUCCAAACCUGUUCUUUCUGCAUCGUCUUCAUUUAUUUUUCUUUCUUUCUUUCUUUCUUUCUUUCUUUCUUUCUUGCUUGCUUGCAUUCUUACUUUUUCCUCUUCUUACAGCCCUUUACCACUUUUAAUUUUCAAUCUGACGCACACACUCCUUAUUUCUUUCUUUUCUUUCUUUCUUUCUUUUCCAACAUUGACUUUUACCACUUUUAUAUCAUCCAAUUAGAUGCAGUCUUUCUUUCUUUCUUUUUUUUUCUUUCUUUCUUUCUUUCUAACAUUGAUCUUUACCACUUUUAUAUCAUCCAAUUAGAUGCAGUCUUUCUUUCUUUCUUUUUUUCUUUCUUUCUUUCUGUCUUUCUUUCUUUCUUUCUUUCUUUCUUUCUUUCUUUCUUUCUUUCCAACAUUGAUUUUUACUACUUUUAUAUCAUCCAAUUAGAUGCAGUCUUUCUUUCUUUCUUUCUUUCUUUCUUUCUUUCUUUCUUUCUUUCUUUCUUUCCCAACAUUGAUCUUUACCACUUUUAUAUCAUCCAAUUAGAUGCAGUCUUUUUUCUUUCUUUUUUUUCUUUCUUUCUUUUUCCCUUUACCACUUUUAAUUUUCAAUCUGACGCACACACUCCUUAUUUCUUUCUUUCUUUCUUUCUUUCUUUCUUUCUUUCUUUCUUUCUUUCCAUCUCUCUACUCUGUCUCUGUCUUUGUCUCUCUCUCUCUCUCUCUCUCUCUCUCUCUCUUUUUCCUCCGUUUUUCUCUUGUACCCUAUCUUUAUUCCUGUCCACUUUCUGUCUUUCCAAUGUUGCUCUCUCUCUCUCUCUCUCUCUCUCUCUCGGUCUUUUUCUCUUUUACGCCAUCUUUACUUCUCUUUUCCCAAUGCUACUCUCUUUCUCUCUAUCGUUACCUAUGUCUUCUCUUUUCCAUCUCUCUCUCUUCCCUCUCUUUUCUCCAUCCCUCCCAGCCUCCUCUUCUAGACAGAUGUCUCUAUCCUAUCUAUCUAUCUGUCUCAUUCUAUUCCUUUUCUAUCUUCUGCUAUCUAUCAAUCUAUCUCAGUCUAUUCAUAUCUAUCUAUCUAUCUAUCUAUCUAUCUAUCUAUCUAUCUAUCUCAGUCUGUUCAUAAUUUAUGUAUCCCAGUCUUUAUUCUAUCUAUCUCUGUCUGUCUCUAUCUAUCUAUUCAUCUAUCUUAGUCUGUUCAUAAUUUAUUUAUCCCAGUCUUUAUUCUUUCUAUCUAUCUAUCUAUCUAUCUAUCCAUCUAUCUAUCUAUCUAUCUAUCUAUCUCAGUCUGUAAUCUAUCUAUCUAUUCAUUCAUCUAUCUAUCUAUCUAUCUAUCAUCUAUCUAUCCCAUCUCAUCUAUCCCAUCUAUCUAUCUAUCUAUCUAUCUAUCUAUCUAUCUCAGUCUGUGUCCCAUCAAUCUAUCUAUCUAUUCUUUCUGCCUAA